UCCUCUCUGUGUUUGAGCCUGGACUGAAGCGAACUCCUGUAGAGGGAGAAGCAGCUGCAACCGGCACACAACGGCCCCAGGACUGGCCAUAGGGACUGUAACUACCAUAGUGCAUCUAGAUAUCUAGCUGUAAACUACUGGGGAAAGGAAAGCACUGUGCACUGCUUUACUGACAGGAAACAGGGGGAGCAGAAAGAGAGAAAGAGACACAGAGGAGGAGGUGUCCAGUUAAGCAGCCAGCAUUGCUCCAGCCCUGUCUACUCUGCUCCACAGCACAGACCUGCGCCAGGAUUGGCUGUAUCUCCAAAUCAGAGAGGGAAAAUCCUGCAGAUUGCGUCCCAGAAGAGAGAUCUGAGGCUGGUUGGAGAGCACUUGAUACAUGAUCUAUUUCUCUAAUCUACUCUAGAACCUCCAGAUCGCCUGCUUUUGGUUCCUGUGAUCAGAGUACUCUGUACAUGUGUCUGGACACCCAGGGGGAGGAAUAAGGAAAAGUGCAGCUUUUUUUGCAUUUGACUUUUUUUUUUUAUAUACAUAUAUUUUUUAAAAUUACAUCUAGCUACUAUUUAUCGUCAGAAGUUUGAGGUUCUUUUGUUAAGCAAUUAACUUUCUUUUUUAUAGACGCCUUAUUAGAGGUAUUUAUUAUUUUUCUUUUUAAUAAUUUUUCUUUUCCUCCAUCACCAUUUUUUACUUGAGAGAUUGGAUAAUGGUUGGGGAAAUGGAAACAAAGGAGAAGCCGAAGCCGACCCCAGACUAUUUAAUGCAAUUAAUGAACGAUAAGAAGCUGAUGAGCAGUCUGCCCAACUUCUGUGGGAUAUUUAACCAUCUGGAAAGACUUCUGGAUGAAGAAAUCAGCAGAGUACGAAAAGACAUGUACAAUGACACUCUGAAUGGAAGCCAAGAGAGGAGGAGUGCGGAAUUGCCUGAUGGUAUUGGACCUAUUGUACAGUUACAAGAAAAACUUUAUGUGCCUGUAAAAGAAUAUCCAGAUUUCAAUUUUGUUGGACGUAUUUUGGGACCCAGAGGACUCACUGCUAAACAGCUAGAAGCUGAAACAGGAUGUAAAAUUAUGGUCAGAGGGAAAGGCUCCAUGAGAGAUAAAAAAAAGGAGGAACAAAACAGGGGAAAGCCAAACUGGGAGCACCUUAAUGAAGACCUACAUGUAUUGAUAACUGUGGAAGAUUCCCAGAACAGAGCAGAACUAAAGCUAAAAAGAGCAGUGGAAGAAGUUAAAAAGUUGCUGGUUCCAGCAGCAGAAGGAGAAGACAGCUUAAAAAAAAUGCAGCUGAUGGAACUGGCCAUCCUUAACGGCACCUACAGGGAUGCCAAUUUAAAAUCACCAGCCCUUGCCUUUUCUCUUGCAGCGACCGCUCAGGCCCCCCGGAUUAUAACUGGGCCUCAGCCUGUUUUGCCUCCAGCUGCUCUGCGUACACCUACGCCAGCUGGACCUACCUUAAUGCCUUUGAUCAGACAAAUACAGACAGCGGCUGUCAUGCCAAACGGAUCCCCACAUCCAACUGCAACGUUAGUCCCUCAAGGACCAGAAGCUGGCUUGAUCUACACACCUUAUGAUUAUCCUUACACUCUGGCCCCAGCCACAUCAAUCCUCGAGUAUCCCAUUGAAACAAGUGGGGUAUUAGGUAUGGCUUUCCCUACGAAAGGCUAAGAAUUCAAGAAAGUCUUAAUUGAACACUCACCAGAAUCGAAAUUUUAACAAAACCCUAGUUUUCAGCAGUCUUGAAAAAUAAAUUCUUUAAAAUUCAUAUAGCAGUCAGUGACUUACUUGCACUUCUAUUUUUUAUUUUUAUUUUUUGCACAUAUUAAAAAAGAAAAACAUUUUACAUGAUCAAGUCUGUAUCUUGGUAAAAACAAAAUAAUAGAAGUUGCAAGUGAGUGUUUAACACAUCUGACUGCUAAGGGUUCUUUCCUGUAUGCUUUACUAAUGAGUUAAUUCAUGUGGUUCCUUCUUAUCUAGUCAAGGUUUUAAACCAUUGAUUUUUAAUGCAAAUAAUUUAAACAUGUAAAGUAAAAAAAAAAAAAAAAAACUGGAGUUAUUUUAUGGUUUCUUAACGUUAACAAAUGUCAGUAUUAAACAAAAACAAAGGAAUUGAAUUAAAUCCUUUGCAAGUAAAGCACUGCAAAAAAUGUGUGACUAGUAAAGCUUAACUAUGGUUGGGUCUAAUAAAUUUCAAAUAUUUUUGCUCAUUAGCAGCAUAUAGUCAAGUUUGAUUCCCAUUCAGUCAGGUAGUAGCUGUGUAUUUUUAUACCCACGACCUGCAUUGAAAGGGUUAAACAAGUUAAGGCAUGAGAUGUGAUUAUUAAGUGUGUGAUAUUAACUGUGCACAUCUCCAUUUUAUAUAGCAAGGAUUCAAACUACUGUGCCUUAACAUGUUUCUUAAAAAAAAAAAAAAGUUUUUGUAGCGAACCAUUGUGUAAAAUCAUGUUUUUGAUGAAACCUGCUGUUUAUGUCAGAUUUGUUUUGUGGAGUUUAUAUUUUGUUUUUCUUGUUAUGAAUGUUUUGUUUUCUAACUAUGUCUUGGUAAUUGCAAUUUAACUAGGUGCGGUGGCUACUAAAGUUCGAAGGCAUGAUAUGCGAGUCCAUCCUUACCAAAGGAUUGUGACCGCAGACAGAGGUUAGUUUAGCUAUAUAGUUCUUGAUUAGAAAUGAUUUCUCUGAAAAUUAACUUUACAACACCUUACAUGAUAUGCACAACAUUGUAAAGGGUGGGAUGAUUUAAACCGAUGUAUAUCAAGGGAGUUAAAUGUUUAAUCCUUAAAUUAGCUGUAUGAAUACUGCAAGAUUGGAUCAUCGCAGGAUUCCUGGAUUUCUCUGUAGUCCACUUGUUGCAGUAGGCAUAACACCUAUGUUCAAGGGCUGCUGAAAGACUAGUUGUUUUGGGCACCAGACACUAAAAUAUACUGCUUUUGGUUUUUAUUUUAUUUUUUUAUUAUUAUUAAAUUUACUUGUAUGUUACUGCCCAAUCCUUGUCUAACAGUAGCAAUUGGAACAAAAAAAAAAAGUCAAUUUUGACAUACAGCCCAUACUUAGAAAAAUAUCCAUGUCAGUGAUGAGAUGAUUCUCUUUGUAGGUGUGUAGCUUUUAGUCUGGUGUUGCAAAGAAAAACAAAUGAAUGCUUAAAUAUAAAAGAAAAAAUGAAUGCAUCUUAUUGGCUAACUUGAUAUAAACAAACUUAAAUGCACAAAUAUAAAUGUGAAUUUAUCAUUAGAUGAGCAGUACCAAUUCUUAGAUUGCUUCCUUAAAGACUCUUUCUGAAAAGCUUGGUUAAAAGCAACCAUCCAUGCAUUAUGCACUUUAUAGUAAAAUCUCUUUAUAAAUGUAGUUUAAUUCAGUUCACUUUAUUUUAUUUUUUAGCUUUCUAUAUCCAUCUUUAAAACUUCCCUUCUGAUGUCUAGUUCAUUUAGUGAACCUCAUUUUAGUGAAGGAGGUCUGGUUACUUUAUAUAGGUAUUGUUCCUAAUAUGGACAUUUUUAUAUUCUGGUGCAAUUUUUAAUAAUCUCCAGUUGAAAAUAUGCCAGUGGUCUGUAAGCAGGGAUAUUUGCCCAUUUUUGCCACACCUAUUGUGACAAAAAAUGUUUGAGUUUUUUUGGGGAGUUGGGGGAGGAAGGGGUUGCACUUGUAUACCAAGAUUUCAGAGCCAUGCUUAGAGGGGAAAAAAAGAUGACCUUUAAAACAAGAUGACCUUUAAAAAACAAAAAAGGCACAGAACCCUACAGUAGUGAAACAGGCAGCAAGGAAUAUUUUGGCCUAAUAAAUAAAUUUUGUUUGACAAAGCCCUGCCCCCAAUAACAUUUGGAGUGAUAAUUAAGGGUAAACAUUUAGCCUACAGAUUGUUUUAAAACUUUUCGAAGUGGAUUUCAUCGCCCACGCAUUUUUUGUAAAUAACGUCCUUUGCAAGCAUGUUUUAGCAUUUAUAAAACAGAGCUGGGUUGUUUUUAUCAAGAUGUUUUAUACACUUUGUUGCAAUUUUACUUUUAUAAUUAAGCUUUCAUUAGUUUCCAAGAACUGUCAGGUAAAUCAUGUAUUACUAUACCCUAUCUGUAGCCUACAAUUUUCAUUUUCAUUGGUAUAACAGACAGAAGUAAUCGUUAUGAACUGUAUAUGGUGUUGCACAAUUGUUAUACCUGUGAAAGGCCACAGACUUUGCAGAGGAUAUAUCCAAACCAUGUCAAUGUGGCAGACUUAUUCCUACCAAAUGCAGAGUGCACUCUGUUUCCCUUGAAGUUUGAGAGUUUUAAACCUUUAACAAACUCACUUGAGUAAAACUGUUUAAUCCAGUUACAAAUACUACUUGGUUAUGUACAAAUUAAAAUUAUCUUGCAUAUCUGACUGUAUACUUUAAUUGUGGGAACUGUGAACCACAUGGAUAUUUAUUUAGUUUUAUUUUCUGCUUGAUCCCAAGCACAACUUUCAACAAGCAUCCCAGUUCUUAAUAAGAACUUAAGGGAGCAUACUGGCAUUUCAGGUUUCUAAUUCAUUGGAAGGGAAAUGUGGUAGUAUGCUUAAAUCCAAUAUAUAAGCCUCUUUUUGAUUUUGUUUUCCCUAUGUGAAGUUGACCAAGGCUUUUGAUACAUUGGUCUUUUAAGACUAAACUAUCUGUGAACCUACUGGAUUUCAUUUUACGAAAUGCCAUAAAUCCUGACUUUGCACUGAAUAGUUCUCACCUUCAUCUCCUCUGCUUUAGUCACAAUGGCAACAGUACAAAAUAAAGCAAAUUAAACCUCAGAAUAUAUAAUUAAGCUGUUGAAAGAGUCUUAAAAAAUAAAUUUAUACUACUGUUAAGUGGACCAAGUUUAGUGAAGGAGAGCAAGUGAUUGAUAAAGAAAGCGCUCAAGAGCACUGGGAGUGAUGUUAACUUUCCACUUGAGAACUUUGUUUUAUUUUAAUAUUUUUAAAAAAGAAAAUAGUAUUUACAGAUGGCGUAAGAAAUAUAAAACAAAAAAUAUAAAGCAGGAAUGUAUAUGAAAUGUCAGAUUUUAUUGUAUUUGCAGAGUAUUAGCAUUGAAAUUAAAGAGGGCUGUUUGUAGUUAUACAAUGCUUUAUUAGCUUAUAUUAGUAUUUUUGGAUGUACUUCAAAUUUUGAUUCUAGAGUUAAAAAGAAAGAAAGGCAGGACUUUUUCAGUGUUUACAUACAACUGCAUUUUAUAAGUUUCCUAUGUGUGUAAAUUUGUUUUUGUUUUUUUGUUUUUCAAGUGGAAAUGCUGUCUGUAGCAAUAGUGUUUAGCCGUUCUUGGUUCACAAGACUGGCUACUGUGCUAGACCAGAAUUUAGUGUAUUGCUUUGUAUCAUGAGGCCAAGGUAUCUGUGUUUGUAAAUAGAAAAUGAGCAAUAAAAUUUAUUGAACAAAAACUUG